AAUUUCGUACGGGACUAUAAGGUCUCCGACGGGAAUUUAACAAUCGAUAAGUUCGAACCGUUUAUUAGAGCCAAACACCAAUUCAUUACCCUCUCCAAGAUUCCCGAGCGUCCUAUAAAACUUAUAUCUCGGCACAUCGUUUCGGCACCUUUACAUUGUGUUGAAUAUCACAGCAUGUGCAAUAAAUUUGGUCACGCCACGAUAGAUACCUUAAUCGAAGAAGGUAUACUGGAAUAUAGAAUUGUGGAUGAAAUUGGUGUCGACCAGAACAGAGUUGAACCCCCGUUCGUGAUACCAAAUAAUUCGUCAACACUGGACGAUUACCCGAAACUAUGUCCAAACACCAUGCUACAAUCUUCUG